AUGAGACGGAAGGAAAAGCGGCUGCUGCAGUUCGCAGGGCUGCUCAUCGUGGCUUUACUCUUCCUCCCCAACGUUGGCCUGUGGUCCUUGUACCGGGAUCGAGUGUUCGACCGACCGGCGGCAACCACGGCGGACGAACCGGAUUCUCUUCCUUCCACACAGGCGCUGAGCCAGAUGAGAAAGGAUGCCCAGGUGGGGCACGAUGGCGUGCGUCGGAUAGACUGGCAUGACUACGACGCCAUUAGGAGGGAUGCUGCCAGACUUGGAAACGGCGAACAGGGAAAACCUUUCCCCAUGUCUGAGGCUGACCGUGUGGACCUGGCCUACAGGGAGAAUGGCUUCAACAUCUAUGUCAGCGACCGCAUCUCACUUAAUCGCUCCCUUCCGGACAUCCGCCACCCAAAUUGUAAAGAGAAGCUAUACGCCGAGAAGCUGCCCAACACCAGUGUAAUCAUCCCGUUCCACAACGAGGGCUGGUCCUCGCUUCUGAGGACUGUCCACAGUGUCCUCAACCGCUCGCCUCCGCAGCUAAUCGCAGAGGUCAUCCUGGUGGACGACUUCAGCGAUAAAGAGCACCUAAAGGCAGCGCUGGAGGAGUACAUGAACCGCUUGCCGAAAGUGCGUAUCCUGAGGACCAAAAAGAGGGAAGGUCUGAUCCGGACCCGACUCCUUGGUGCCGCUGCUGCAAAGGCCCAGGUCAUCACAUUCCUGGAUUCGCACUGCGAGGCCAACGUUAACUGGCUGCCUCCACUACUUGACCGGAUUUCCCAGAAUCGGAAGACGGUGGUGUGCCCGAUGAUCGAUGUGAUCGACCACGACAACUUCGGCUACGACACGCAGGCAGGCGAUGCCAUGCGCGGGGCCUUUGAUUGGGAAAUGUACUACAAGCGCAUCCCCAUCCCUGCGCAGCUGCAGAAGGACGACCCCAGUGAGCCUUUUGAGUCUCCUGUGAUGGCAGGCGGGUUGUUCGCUGUGGACAGGAAGUGGUUCUGGGAACUGGGAGGUUAUGACCCAGGAUUGGAGAUUUGGGGAGGAGAGCAGUACGAGAUCUCCUUUAAGUUGUGGAUGUGCGGCGGUCGCAUGGAGGACAUCCCAUGCUCCCGGGUAGGACACAUUUACAGGAAGUAUGUCCCGUACAAGGUUCCUGGUGGAAUCAGCUUAGCCAAGAAUCUGAAGCGCGUGGCCGAGGUGUGGAUGGACGAGUACGCCGAGUACGUUUUCAGGCGGAGGCCCGAGUAUCGUCACCUGUCGGCAGGCGACAUGACGGCGCAGAAGGAGCUAAGAAGCCGUCUAGCGUGCAAGAACUUCAAGUGGUUCAUGAAUGAAGUGGCCUGGGAUCUGCCCCAACAUUACCCACCCGUAGAGCCGCCUGCCGCCGCCUGGGGCAAGAUCCGCAACGCAGGCAGCGGCAUGUGCAUGGAGGUCAAACACUUUGUGUCGGGCAGUCCUGUCCGCCUAGAGAACUGCGCUAAAAGUCGCGGCGAUGUGGCCUGGAGUCACGGACAGGUGUUGACACUAGGUUGGCGGGAGGACAUCCGCGUUGGAAACCCAGUGCACACCAGAAAAGUUUGCCUUGACGCCGUAUCCCACAGUAGCCCCGUCACUUUGUACGACUGUCACGGCAUGAAGGGUAACCAACUGUGGCGCUACCGAAAGGAUAAGAGCCUGUACUACCCGGUGAGCAACAGCUGCAUGGACAGCAGUAUCGCCGAGCGCCGCGUCUUCAUGAACACUUGUGACUCAACGUCGCUUAGUCAGCAGUGGAUCUUUGAGAGGACCAAUGCCACCGUCCUGGAACACUUCAACCAGGGCACAGAUUAA